AUGAAAUUUCGAAUCAACAUCGAUCUUGACAGCAGAGAGGUUUAUCCAUCCUCAAUCUGCUCGGGGUGCAAGUGAUUUCUAUAUAGUGUUUGCAUAGUUUCUGAUUCAGAGGAAAUUGCCAUAAAGAAGGAACCAUAUAUGUGGAGAAGACACUCUGAGGACAAUUGUCCUUGUAGGGCCAGCAUGUCGAAAGGAAAAGGGCGUCUCCGUAAGAUCUCCAAACAGCCCAUGAAAUGGAAAGCAACAGAAACAUGUGGAAGCAAAACCGAAAGUGGCGAAGACAACGAAUCAGAGCAGGAAAAAAGUACUGUCAGUGGUUCUGUGCUGUUAUGCACUACAAUAUGUUAA